AUGUGGCUGACUCUUCUCUACAGUUGCCUCGGCGGAGCUCUCCUGUACGCUCUGUACAGAUGGGUGAUCCCGGCCGCCGCGCAGCACCACGCAGGACUGGCGCUGUUUUGGCACGACGUGGUCGUGGAGCGGAUGCUGGACACCCUGACCCAGUCCACACGUCCUCAGCGGAUGUUGGCUGCAGUACAGAAAAAUGCCACUAGAGGAGACCCUCGCAGCGUGGUCAAAGCCAUCGAUCAGUUCUGCAGACAGAAGGAGUGGGCCAUGAACGUGGGGGACGAGAAGGGGUGCAUUCUUGACUCGGUGGUGUCUGAGGUGAAUCCGGCCACGGUGCUGGAGCUGGGGACCUACUGCGGCUACUCAACGGUGCGGAUCGCCAGCUUGCUGCCCCCUCAUGCAAAGCUGAUCACUCUUGAAUUUAACCCGGACAACGCAGUCAUAGCUCGACAGGUCAUCGCUUGGGCCGGACUGGAGGAUAAGAUUCAGUUAGUUGAAGGAGCAUCCGGUGACUGGAUCCCUAAAAUGAAGGAGGAGUUUGGGGUUAAAACAUUUGAUUUGGUUUUCUUGGAUCACUGGAAAGAUCGCUACCUACCUGACACAAAACUGAUGGAGGAGUGUGGUCUUCUAAGGAAAGGCAGCAUCUUGCUGGCAGAUAAUGUCAUCUGCCCGGGAACCCCUGACUACCUUGAGUACGUCCGUAACAGCCCCCGAUAUAAGAGCCAGUACUUUAAAUCUCACCUGGAGUACACCAAAGUAGAAGAUGGCCUGGAGAAAUCUGUCUUCUUAGGGUAG